GCGGCCACUUCCGCUUUCGCCGGCGGGGUGCCCCGGACGCAGUCAUGAGUCGCUUCAAGUUUAUCGAUAUUGGUAUCAACUUGACUGACCCUGUGUUCAGAGGAAUUUAUAGGGGGGUUCAAAAGCAUCAAGAUGACUUACAGGAUGUAAUAGGGAGAGCUGUCGAGAUUGGUGUUAAAAAGUUUAUGAUUACAGGUGGAAACCUACAAGACAGUAAAGAUGCACUGCAUUUGGCACAAACAAAUGAUCUGUUUUUCAGUACUGUUGGUUGUCAUCCUACAAGAUGUGGUGAAUUUGAAAAGAAUAACCCUGAUCUUUACUUAAAGGAGUUGCUAAAUCUUGCCGAAAGCAAUAAAGGGAAAGUUGUGGCAAUAGGAGAAUGUGGACUUGAUUUUGACCGACUACAGUUUUGUCCCAAAGAUACUCAACUCAAAUAUUUUGAAAAACAGUUUGAACUGUCAGAACAAACAAAAUUACCAAUGUUUCUUCACUGCCGAAACUCACAUGCUGAAUUUUUGGAUAUAAUGAAAAGAAAUAGAGAUCGAUGUGUAGGGGGAGUGGUGCAUUCAUUUGAUGGUACUAAGGAAGCAGCAGCUACUUUGAUUGACUUGGAUCUUUAUAUAGGAUUUAAUGGUUGCUCACUGAAAACUGAAGCUAAUUUGGAAGUUUUGAAGUCAAUUCCUAGUGAAAAAUUAAUGAUCGAGACAGAUGCACCGUGGUGUGGAGUCAAAAGUACACAUGCUGGAUCAAAAUACAUAAAAACUGUAUUUCCUACCAAAAAGAAGUGGGAAAGUGGGCAUUGCUUAAAAGACAGAAAUGAACCCUGCCAUAUAAUUCAAAUAUUGGAGAUAAUGUCAGCAGUGAGAGAUGAGGAUCCACUGGAACUGGCCAAUACACUAUAUAACAAUACUAUUAAAGUAUUUUUUCCUGGAAUAUAAUCGGCACAUGUCUUCCACUUUCCAUCAUGUAUGUAAAAUUUCACAGUAAAACUUACUGAUAGUUUCAAUAAAGAAAUUAUCUG